CGUGACUCACGUCUCUAGCUCGAUUUCAUUGGUCAACUCUGUUACCUCACCUGAGAAGAAGUUUGGACGUCAAUCAAAGUCGUUGAUGGAUCCGUCGCUGACUAACGGUUCGCUCUCAGGAGAGUGCGCAUGUUUGGGCUGUGGUGAAGACCAAGCCGUACAUCUGAAGAACUGGUUGCCUCCUGGGUAUAAAUAUCACUUCUGCACAUAUCGUUUGUGCACUACAGAAGGCAACUCACACCUGGACCACACAAGUUUUGAGGCAUCACUAAGAAUUGCAUUGACAGAAAUUUGUGAAGUAAAGGAAUGGGUGGGAAAGCUUAGUGAAUCAUCAGGAGUGAGUUGGAGAGUGGCAGUGACAAAACCAAAUAAGGGACAACGUGUACUUUAUAAGGCUCAUUACAGGUGCCAGCACAAUGUUUAUGUCCGAUCAGACACGGCUAAUCAAAGGCGGCUUUCAAAAAAUACAUGCUGUGAGGCAAAAAUGGUUUGCACUCUGGUGAAGACUACAGACAAAAGGGGAGGAACUAGUAGGAGCAUUGAUCCCCAUAUACCUACUUACCCUACUUCGGUGCGUUUGUACAAUGUACACAAUCAUAACAUCUUUGUUGCGGAGGCACUGAGGCACAAGGAUGUAGGGGUCAAGGCAAUUGAAACCCUGACACAGUUGUUUGAGGUUGGGCACAGUCCAACCUCAGCUCUGGCUGUACUUAAAAGUGACCUGUUGGCUGAGCAUGGCAACAAAUAUGUAUAUGUCUCAGCCAACCGUGCCAUUUGCCCAGACCUUCAGUUUUGCUACAGACUGUAUCAGAAGUUGAAAAAGCAGGAGUUUGGAGAGCAAAGUGGGGAGGCAAUGCUAGCGGCUUUGGAAAGACAGGUAGAAUCGUACAAUGCAGCCUGUAAUGACACCUGCGCCAAGCUUAAAAUAUCUUCAGCAGGAACACCACUUGUAGCCAUUUGUUCCCCAUUGAUGAAACAAACACACACUCUCUCAAAUAGUGGAGAAAUGUGUUUUAUGGAUUCAUCUGGUAACAUGGACCGGGAGAACUGCAGGGUGUUUCUCCUCCUCACACACACCUGUGCAGGUGGUCUUCCUCUUGGGAUAGUGAUAACACAGUCAGAAGAUGAGAAGACAAUUAGUGAGGGAUUAGAGCUGCUGAAGUCCUUGCUGAAAAAUGAUGCCUUUGGAGGGCGAGGUGAGGCAGGCCCUCGUGUGUUUUUGACAGAUGACUCAAAGGCUGAGAAGGGAGCUAUAGCACAGGUCUUUCCUGAAGCCGCACAACUGCUCUGCAUAUUUCAUCUUCUCCAAGCUGUGUGGAGGUGGUUGUGGAACAAAGAACAUGAAGUUGAGAUGAAGGACAGGCAGACAAUGUUCAGCAUAGUAAAAGACAUGCUUUAUGCCAGGGAGAUGAGUACAGUUGAAUUACUCUACCAGCAAGCCCUUGACAACCCUUUGACCACCAGAUACAGGAAAUUCCUGACCUAUCUACAGAAUCUUUACAGUCGACGUGAGAGUUGGGCUCUCAGCUAUAGGAGGGACUUGCCAACCCGUGGCAACCAAACCAAUAACUAUGUGGAGGCUGCAAUGCGUGUCUUGAAAGACAAAAUACUUCAUAGGACAAAAGCAUUCAACCUGCCUCAAUUAUUCAACCUUUUCAUUACCCGACUAGAGAUGUACUAUGAAGCACGUGUGACAGACGUUGCUCUUGGCCAUUGGGAGGCAUUCCACCGGUCAAGAUUUCUUGCUACACAAAGUAAUAUCAAAGCAUCGGAUAUUUCUCAGGUUGGAGAAAAGAAAUUUCAGGUGAGAUCAUCCACAUUAGGGCACACAUAUACCGUGGACAUGGAGCUGGAGCUCUGCACUUGUCCAGUUGGCCAUAGUGGGGCACCAUGCAAACACCAGGCAGCAGUAGUGCAAAAUUACAACAUCACCUCCAUCAACUUUCUCCUCACAACAGCUGAAAUGAGGGCUGAGCUGCUGAAAAUAACAAAAGCCUCAGUUUCUCUUGACUUUCUAAACCCUUUACGGCAAUAUGCCAACGCCAAGCACAUUAGCUCCAGGUAA